AUGAGCAAACCUUUGCUGCGGAUCCCUUACACGGACCUCCCUUUGCCUUCAGUUAUUGCGCCGGCUUCAGCUUCUACGAUUCCCGGUGCAAUCGCUGCUCUACAUCGCUUCUUCAUUGCCCCAUCUCCUAGACAUUUGCCCUCUUCAGCCGUUGUUCUCACUGGGGCCGGCCUCUCAGUUGCUUCUGGCCUGGCCGAUUACCGGGGUGUCAAGGGCACUUACAAAGUCAACAAGACAUACCGGCCCAUCUACUACCCAGAGUUUCUCAAAAGCCACGAAUCUAGGAAACGGUACUGGGCUCGAAGCUUUUUAGGCUGGACAAACCUUCAAAAGGCGUCUCCAAACAGCGGUCACUAUGCUAUUCGAGAUCUUGGAAGUCUCGGCCUGAUACGGAGUGUUAUUACUCAGAAUGUCGAUUCAUUCCAUCCAAAAGCUCAUUCUGAUCUACCAACUCUAGAAUUACAUGGAUAUCUGAGGGCCGUUGUCUGCACCACUUGUAGGAACGAGUUUUCGCGAAACGAGUUUCAGGAGAAACUGGCCAAACUCAACCCUCGAUGGGCUGAGCUACUCAAGAAAGCCCUCGAGUCGGGGGCUCUGGAUACUGAAGACCCGGUCGAGCGCAGGUUUAAAGGUCUCAAGGUGAACCCUGACGGCGAUGUAGACCUGCCAGAUGCCCCUUACACAACCUUCAGAUAUCCCUCUUGUCCUAAAUGCUUAUCGAAUCCACCAAAGAAUUCCGACGGUCACAAACAUAUUGUUCAGGUCGACACAGACGGGGCAUGGAAGCUCCCCAGCACCGCUGGCAUUCUAAAACCUGCCGUGGUCAUGUUUGGGGAGAGCAUUGACAGCCAUGUCAAGCACUCAGCUGAAGAAGCUAUCGACAACGCCGGGAAACUGCUCAUUGUUGGCACAUCACUUGCCACAUAUUCAGCCUGGAGGCUCGCCAAGCGGGCCCAAGACAGAGGCAUGCCCAUUGCCCUCAUCAGUAUGGGUGGAAUAAGGGGCGAGGAUAAAUUCUUUGCGGGUAUGGACCCAAAUCAACAGGGUGAGCAGGGCGUGAGGGUCGCUUUGUCGACAGACGACCUUCUCCCAGCUCUUCUUUCUGCGCUGCGCAACGACGUGGCGCCGUCAGAAGCACCAACGCAAGCUUCAUUGCAAGCAUCCCUUGCAAAUCCUGGUAUCUUCAAGGAUAUGCUUUCCUGA